UAUGACUAGCCAAACAAUUAAUCAGUUCCUGUAUGUGCGAGUAAAGGCUAAGCCGUGGGUGCUCCGAGGUACUUUUUAUUCCCAGGACGCAGAAUAGCCAUAGAUCCUGGCUCCUCUGCUCGGAAAGGCUGUAUCAUAUUAAAGACGUCACUACCCUGCUCGGGCUGAGCUAAGUGCGCAGCUAUUUGUAAGCUACAACAACAACAACCCUCCUGCACCUUGUCCGCGGACAACGUUGGGGUUUCUCUGACGUCCCCACGCGUGGAGAAGAUACCUGCGUCAGAUCCAAAGCAAAGACAGCCUUAAUUUGUCAAACACAUACACUCUCUCUCUCUCUCUCUCUCUCUCUUUCCCCCCUCUCUCUCCCCCCUACACACAUAUACAGAGAGGGACUUGAACGCAUUGCGGGGCUGUUGUCGCAACAGAGAGGACGCGAGGAUUUGAAGGUAUUUAAUAAUCGCGACAGUAGAUGUGUGGAUGUACACGUGCACAGUCGUGUGCCAGAAUGCCGCGCCGUCGUUGUGGAGCUUGGGAAUAAUGGAAGAAACAGCUGCUGCAACCAUGGCCUCUGGCACCAGUGCUGUCCCAUCAACUCCAAGUCCUGAGCCUGGCUUCUUUACCACUUCCCACAGCCUCCUGGAGUGGAGAAGGAGGGUCAAGUCUGAGUACAUGCGUCUACUCCAGUCAAAACGUCUGAAAAAAGUAGACGAAGUCAAGAGUUUGUUCAUGUCCAACAGGCAAAAAAUUGAGCUGCAGACUAAUCUCCUGAACACAGAGUGGUCCAAGCUCAGGAUUCAGGCCAUUCCUGUCUCAACCUUUAGUGGAUCUCUGGCAAAUAAGACGAUGUGUACAGUGGAGUUUGGCUUCCCAGGAUUUAAUUCUCAGGCCAUUUCCAUGAAACCUCUGUCUACAGUGGCAGGGAUCCCAUUUAUGUACUCGUGGUCACCACUGCAAAACAACUUCAUGGUAGAGGAUGAGACAUUCCUCCACAACAUUCCCUACAUGGGUGAUGAGGUGCUUGAACAGGACGAAGCCUUCUUGGAGGAGCUCAUCGACAACUAUGAUGGUGUACAUGGUGACAGAGAGGGUGGGUUCAUCAGUGACGAGAUCUUUAAAGAGCUCGUGGAUGCCUUGAGCCAGUAUUCUGACCACGACGAAGACGAAGAGGAGGAGGCAGGGGUGACAGCAGCAGAGGUUACAGUGAAGAAAGAGGAAGAGAGGAUGAUGAGGAGCUCAGUGGAAGGCUCAGAAGAGACUAAAGCUGGAACAUUAAUCAGGAGAAAAAGGAGAGGCACUACUGAGGUGAAGGAUGUGUCCAGCAGCCAGAGGAUCCCGAACGAUAAGAUAUUUACAGCCAUCGCCUCAAUGUUCCCCUACAAUGGCACUACGGAGGAGCUGAAAGAAAAGUACAAGGAUCUACUGGAGCCACCUGGCCCAGUAAAGCUUCCCCCUCUCUGCACCCCCAACUUAGAUGGACCUUUUGCAACGUCUGUGCAGAGGGAGCAGUCGUUGCAUUCCUUCCACACGCUCUUCUGUAGGCGUUGCUUCAAAUACGACUGUUUCCUCCACCCUUUUCAUGCAACACCCAAUGUUUACAAGAGGAAGAGUAAGGAGAUCCGCAUUGAGACUGAACCAUGUGGGGAUGACUGCUUCCUGUUACAGAAAGGAGCUAAAGAGUUUGUGGUUCGCAAUAUGUUACGGUCGCAGAGAUCUCGGAGGCGACGGAAGCAGCAGAGACCCACCAGUUCCAGUGGUUCUGGACCAACUGGGUCUGCUGAGGAAGGCAAGGAGGGUGACAGUGACCAUGAAACCACCUCCUCCUCAGAGGGGAAUUCACGCUGCCAGACUCCAACCAAGCUGCGUCAAGGGGAAGAUGAAAUGGACCAGCAGGAGUGCUGUGUGGUCCAGUGGAGUGGGGCCGAGGAGUCACUCUUCAGGGUGCUACAUGGCACAUAUUUUAACAACUUCUGCUCCAUUGCACGUCUCAUUGGUACCAAGAACUGCAAACAGGUCUACGAGUUUGCGGCAAAAGAGGUUCUGAUCCACCGUGUCCCUUUGGUAGAUGGAGACAUCUCGCCCCAAAAGAAGAAAAGGAAGCACAGGUUAUGGGCAAAGAUUCAGCUGAAGAAAGAUAACUCCUCCAAUCAGGUGUACAACUAUCAGCCAUGUGACCACCCUGGCCACCCAUGUGACAGCUCCUGCCCCUGUGUGAUGACCCAGAAUUUUUGUGAGAAGUUCUGCCAGUGUGGACAGGAGUGCCAGAACCGUUUUCCAGGCUGCCGAUGUAAAACCCAGUGCAACACGAAACAGUGUCCGUGCUACCUGGCUGUGCGGGAGUGUGACCCAGAUCUCUGCAUGACCUGCGGAGCUGCGGACCACUGGGAUAGCAAAGUGGUGACCUGUAAGAACUGCAGCAUCCAAAGAGGCCUCAAAAAGCACUUGCUACUAGCUCCGUCAGAUGUUGCUGGUUGGGGAACAUUCAUCAAAGAGCCUGUGCAGAAGAAUGAAUUUAUCUCCGAGUACUGUGGAGAGCAGAUCUCUCAAGAUGAGGCAGACCGACGAGGAAGGAUCUACGACAAAUACAUGUCAAGCUUCCUUUUUAAUUUAAACAACGAUUUUGUAGUGGAUGCUACACGAAAGGGGAACAAAAUCCGAUUUGCAAAUCAUUCAGUUAAUCCCAACUGCUACGCCAAAGUUGUGAUGGUUAAUGGAGACCAUCGCAUCGGAAUCUUUGCCAAGCGAGCUAUCCUGCAGGGGGAGGAACUUUUCUUUGACUACAGAUACAGCCAAGCUGAUGCUCUGAAGUACGUGGGAAUAGAGAGGGAGGUGGACCUGACUUAGCUUUGUUAUAUCUCUGUACAUUAUGCAAGCUUUUCCAGCAUACAUAAUGUAGAUCAGUAAAAUGCAUGUGCUGUCCUUUGACACAUCAUCAACUAAACAUGUUAGCCCAGUGCUUUAGCAUCAGUCAGAAGAUAUUCCUGUUCAGUCACUUAGUAUUGUGGAUCAUAAUGUUAUACCCUGACUGCUCCACUGAAAAGCUAGCAGCAUUAACACAUUUCUGUCGUGAAAUAAGCUCAUUUUUAUCAAUGUUCUGUAAAAAUAGGCAACUAGAUGAAAAACCGACUGACUGAAUGUAACUUUGUAGAUGGCAAAGAGCGGGUCUUACCUCGAGAAAAUUCUAGAAUUGGUACUCAGAUCAUUGUAUAUACAGCAGACAUAUAAACUUCAUCAGACCAUGGUAAUAAAAUAAAUUGUGAGUGUCUUCCUUUAACAUUUAAAAAAGUGCCAAAAUAUUCUUCACCAAAAAGCUAAAAUAAUUUGCAUGUGAAAUGUUGCAUAAUUGCCAGAGAAAGGUUAUGACAUAAGAAAAAGCUAAAUUACCAGUGUUAUUCCACACAUUUAGGACACACCCAUGUGAAUGUAGCCUACAACUUACCAUGCUUUUUGUGAAGUCCAUAUUAAUAUACAGUACCUUGCAAAGGUUUUCACUCUGCUUCAACUUGUUCACAUUACAUUACACUACCACGUUACAACCACAAACUUCAAUGUAUUCUAUUUGGGUUUUAUGUGACAGGCCAAUACAAUGAAGUGAAUUGUUGUGGAAAGAAAAUGAUUUUGUUUUAUACAAAUACGUAUCUACAAAGUGUGGCAAGCAUCUGUGUGCAGCCCCUCUAGUCAAUGAUGCAAGGACUAUUUUUCACUGCAGUAACACCUGUAUGACCUUUGGGGUAUGUCUCUACCAGCUUUGCUCACUUAGAGACUGAUAUUUCAGCCAAUUGCUCAUUGAAAAAUAGCUCAAGCUCUGAGACUGGAUGGGGAGGAUCUUGAACAUAAAUAUUUAGGUUUUACCUAUUGUUUACAACUGGCUUUAGGUCAGCUGAAAAGUAAACUUUCACUAAUCUCAACUCAAUAUUUUUGAUCUUUUCAUCUUCCCAUCAGUUCUAAUGAGCUUCCCUAUCUCUAACGAAGCAUAGCAUCCCCACAGCAUGACACUACCACCACCAUGUUUUACAAUGUGGACAGUACACUGAGGGUGAUGUGUUAUGUUAGUUUUCCUCCACACAAAAUGUAUUGCAUGUAGGACAUUGGUUGCAAUGAAUUUUAUUUAGGGGCAUCAGAUUAAAGAGGAACAUAUGAACACCACACUUUUAUUUUUAUAAACAUAUUUUGACAACCAUCUAUCUUUGUCCUUUCACUGUACAGUUUUACACUACUGUGUAUUGGUCUAUCAAAUAAAAUCACUAUAAAACACAUUAAAGUUUCUGUAAAAUUAAAAAUUCAAAAAUAAACCACGAGGAAUGUGAAUACAUUUGCAAGGCACUGUAAACUUAUCUCUGAAACAUUGAAAGCAUGCUAAUUUCAAAUGAGAUCUCCCCGAGAUGAACAACAUGGAGGUUAAUGCUGUGUACAGUGUAUGCCUAUAAAAAUAAAAGUUUAACUUUAUACUUUA